AUGGUGCCGUGUGACAAGUGGAAUUACGACAUCAAGGACUGGCACGACAGUGUCAUAAGCCGAUUCGACCUCGUGUGCGGACGGGCGUACCUCGUGGACCUGACAUUAGUAUUACCAUCGUUGGCUUACGCGCUGCUGUCACCGGUCGCAGGAUUCGCAUCCGACCGUAUAGGUCGCAAGCCAGUGAAUCGGGCGUGUGGUUGUCUACUGUUCUUCUCCGCGGUCGGCAGCAGCGUCGCCAUGAACUACGCAUUUUUCUUGAUCAACCGCCUCCUGGUGAUAGCGUCCGGCAGCGCUGCCUACCUGACGAUAUUCAUCCUCCUGUACGAGGUGACAGGACAAGAACAACGCUGGCUAUACGCGCUGGUUAACACGGCCGUUGCGGGUGCUCUGGUUCCUCCCUUCAUGCACCUGCUGGCCCAGGUGGAACCAAGUUGGAUGACCUCCCACGCGGUUCUCAUCCUUCCUAUCGGCAUCUACUCGGCCUGGUGCUUUCUUCUGGACGAGUCGCCCGCUUGGCUCCUCGCCACUUGGAGGGUACGCGAGGCCGAGGUUGCCGUCUUGUCAGCCGCGAAACUCAACGACAUGAGCGAGGAGAAGGCCAUAAAGGGUUUACAUCAUCUUCUAGCCGAGCUGACGAGGCUGAAGCCCGCAGAGGGGUCGGUGGUCACAGUGUCCGCGGCUGAAGGUAUCCUCGAGACCGUCAAGCUGCGACGACGCGCCGUGGCCGCAUUUAUCUCGAGGUUCACGGUGAGUGGCAUCUACUUUGGCCUCACCAUCAGCGACAAGGCAUCCGGGAACAUCUGGCAGCUGGUGCACGUUGUCCUGACGAGUGCUUGCUAUGUGUUUGUGAUCCGGGUGACGAACAAGUGGGGCGUGCGCGACGCACUGUCUGUGUUGCUAGCCGCCACUUGCGCCUUCACCCUCGUGAAGGCUAUGAUGGUGUACGGUGGGCUAGACCUUGCAGCUGCCUGCAUGCACGCAGUGAUGAAGGUUGUGGUGAGCUGCACUAUGAGCGUGGUCAUGUGCUACGCGGGAGACACUUUCCCCACUAGGAUUCGGAGCGCCGGGGUGAGCCUGUCGGUGUUCGCAAGUGGUAUCGGGUCUUUGGUGGGAAUCUCUAUCACAAAGGUGCGCAUUGUGCAGCAAGAUUUUUUCUUCGAUGCCUUCUACACCAUGAUGACGCUGUUAAGCAUUGCGGUAGUGCAGUGGCUGCCUGAAGUGUUCAUUAAGAAGUACGAGAGCGAGGUGCAACCCUUGGACAUCAAGAAUGCGGAGGAGCGUAAGCUCGCUAUGCAGGCGUCGCUGUCUAGCCGAGAGACUAAAAGAUCAAGGACGGCUCGUCAUGUUAAGGAGAGCAUGGGAGUUGCGCCAUAA